UUCUGAUCCGAUCCAUUGUUAGUGUGGUAACACCGUCAAAGUCCAUUUGACAGAUAAGCAGCUAUUUAUCGAAAAAUAUUGUUCCUGAAUUUAUAUCAAUUUUGAUAUUCUAUAUUGUAGUGUUCGUGUUAGUGUCGUCAUCAUAUCGAAGUGAUUCCGUCCUAGUGUGUUAGUGUGGAAGCGCAAUGUCGAGUCGCUGGGGCGCGCGGUGAAAGUGCAGUGCGAGUGUGGACGCGAAGGAGUGUUACCUGUGUAGGGUCGUGACGGGAGAACAGCAUCAGCAUGGGCGUGGGUCUGGUGCCGCUGGAGUUCACGGAGUGCCUGGCGGACAGCCCGCACUUCCGCGAGAACCUGCUGCGCCACGAGAAAGAGCUGGAGCGGACCUCGCAGCAGGUCAAGCGCCUCAUCAAGGAGGUCAAGGAUGUGGUCCAUGCCGCCAAGCGACUGGGCGCGGCGCAGCUGGCGUUGGCGGGCAGCAUGGAAAACUUCGAGUUUGCGUGCAUCGGCGCCUCCAUGACGGAGGACGAGCGCGUCAUCUCGCACUCCCUCCACCAUUUCGCCAAGCUCAUGCGGACCAUCGAGGACGAGCGCGAGCGCAUGCUGGGGCGUGCGCACGAGCAGAUCAUCGCGCCGCUGGAGAGGUUCCGGAAGGAGCACAUCGGCGCCGUCAAGGAGGGCAAGAAGAAGUUCGACAAGAAGACUGCAAAGUUCUGCCAGAGCCAAGAACGGACGCUUUCGCUCUCCACCAAGAAACAGGAUAAUGUCUUCCAAGAGGCUGACGCAGCGAUGGACAUGGCCGAGCGCGACUUCUGCCAAGCCUCGCUGGAGUACGUGUUCCAGCUGCAAGCCGUCCGCGAGCGAGAGAAGUUCGAGCUGGUGGAGACGCUCCUGGGCUUCGUGUUCUCCUGGUGGACCUUCCACCACACGGCUCACGACGUGCACCACGACGCCGAGCCGCUAGUGCGCGACCUGCAGCUGCGGAUACAGCGGACGCGGACCAACUUCGAGGAGACGAGCAAGCAGACCGAGUCGCUCAUGAAGAAGAUGAUGGAGGUGCGCCAAAUGAACAAAGAAGUGGAAGCGGAGGAGACGGGCGACGCCACGGACGCCGCGGGCGUGUCGCGCGCCGGCUACCUCUACCUCAUGGAGAAGAAGGCUUUUGGCACGGCGUGGAGCAAGCACUACUGCACGUACGAGAAAAAUUCGCGCACUUUACGAUUGCUUCCCUACUCGCAAAUCAACCCUAAAACUACGGCGCCAGCAGAAAGCGUAUGUGUCUGCGGCGCGCGGCGCGUCACGGACACGGAGCGGCGGUUCUGCUGGGACGCAUUACCGGCUGAUCGGGAACGAACGCCACUAACGUUGCAAGCUUUAUCCGAACGGGAUAGGAACGCUUGGUUACGGGCGCUCAGUCCACAGAACGGCGUGGCGGAGCUGGCCGGCGGCGCGGCGCUGGGCGCCGGCGCGGGCGAGGCGGGCGCGCACGCGCAGCUGGACGACGCGGGCUUCGCCUUCGUGCGCCGCCUCGUGCACGUGCUCGAGGAGCGCGGCCUCGAGGAGCAGGGCCUGUACAGAGUGGCAGGGGUGGCGUCCAAGGUGUCCCGGCUGGUGUCGUGCGCGGCCAGCGGCCGCCUACCCUCGUCGCUGGGCGACCCGCUGGAGUGGGAGAGCAAGACGCUCACGUCGGCGCUCAAGAGCUACCUGCGCGCGCUGCCCGAGCCGCUCGCCACGCACGCGCUGCACGCGAGCUUCCUCGCCGCCGCCAAGCUCGAGUCCCGCCCCGAGCGGGUCGCCGCCGUCGCCGCGCUCGUCGCGCAGCUGCCCGCCAGGAACAGGGACAUGCUGCGGCUGGUCGUGGACCACUUGAGACGAAUAGCGGCACGCUCAGACCGCAACCUGAUGACGCCGUCCAACCUGGCCGUGUGCUUCGGGCCCACCCUCCUGCGGGCGCCGCGCGAGUCCGUGGCCGCCAUCUUGGACCUCAAGUUCUACAACGUACUGGUGGAGACCCUGCUCGACCACGCCGACCAGAUCUUUGCGCAGUCCCCGCAGGGACCUCAUGUACAGCAGGCGACGCCGGCACAGAAUGGGCUCAGGGCUUCUCCCGCGCCACUGUCCUCCGCCCUCCUGCGCGCCGCUGACUGUGUGCCACGAGAUCUAGCAGCAGCUCAGCGGAGUCGGUGUCGAGCAGCAGCGCCUCCCCCCCUCCCCCCGGCGCGCCGGCCCCCCUCCCCCCGCCGCACGCGCACCUCGGCGCUGCCGCGCCGCUACACGCGCGUCUCUACACGCACCCUUACAGACGCGUGCGCACCCUGUACGCGUGCCUGGGCGAGAGCGAGGGCGAGCUGUCGUUCGAGCCCAACCAGAUCAUCACGAACGUGGCCGCCAGUGCCGAGCCGGGCUGGCUGCGCGGCACGCUCAACGGCAAGAGCGGCCUCGUCCCGGAGAACUACGUGGAGCCGCUGCCCUGAGCCCGCCCCGCGUGGCCCGGCCCACCGCCGCCGAACAUUGCCGAAACGACGUCGACGGCGACACCGAACCUUGCCGAUCGACGCCGACCGUUACCGAACCUCUAGCGUUGCAGGUUCCCGCCGCCACGCUGGAGUUGUAAACGUCGCUAUUGCCGCGCCGCGCCCGGCGCCAUACGUACCAUAUCCUCGUACCUACUAUGUUAAGUUGUUGAUUCUUUUGUACGUCUGUAUAUUUUGUAUAUUGUAAAUAAGCGUUUGUUGAUAUUUUAACUAUUUAUAUUAUGUUGUGGAUAUUUUUACCAAAUAUACUAUAUUGUACGAUGUCCGUUUGUGGAUGUAUUAUACAGAUUAAUAUAUAAA